AUGACCAAACAUAAAGUGUUUUCAAAAAAGGCCAAGACCAACUUAACGCACCUUUACCUGAACGAUAAAAAUUUGACCAAGAUAAGUAACAUUUACCCAACGAAAAAUAUACUCGUCCUUUAUCUGCACAAUAACCAGAUAAGCAAAAUUGAAAAGCUAAACGCAUUCGCGCAUCUUACACACCUGUACCUACAGUGGAACAAUUUGCGAAAAAUCGAGAAUUUGGACAGUUUGAAAAACCUCAAGCAGCUCUACCUGGGAUACAACAAAAUAACGCGUUUGGAAAAUUUGGGUGGUCUCAAAAAACUCGAACAACUCCACAUCGAACGGCAGCAACUGGAUGGGGCAGUACGGUUCGACUUUGACCCGGAAUGUUUGUGUGCUUUGGCGAACCAUUUGAAGGUGUUGAACAUCAAAAAGUUGAAGCUCGCGAACAUCGACGCGUUGGAACCGUUGUGGAAGUUGGAAAUUCUGCUCGCCUCGGAGAACAAUUUCAAAUCUACGGACGACAUAACGCCCGUCAUAAGUGCACUGUACUCGUUGCGUGUUCUCGAUCUGCAGGGCUGUUCGGCUCAGCGCGAUGUGCACUAUCGGGAGAAGGUCACGGCAGCCGCUGGUCACAAGCUUUUGCUACUAGACGGCAAGAUGAUAUCGCAGUCGACGCGCAACUUUAUCAAAAACUUCCAAACCGUCAAGCUGGAAAAGCAACGGCGUGCCAGCGAAAAACCCAAAACAGCCGACACCGGCACGAACUCCAAAACGUCCUUCGACAGUGUGAACAGUGAGCGAAGCAACGGACCGACCGGUGGGUUCGUCGAUCCGUUCAGUGCCGUGCUGCCGCACAAGUUCCCAGGCAACUCACUGUUCCAGGUGUCGACCCGGCGGCCGGUCUGCACGCGAGUACUCCGUAAGCCCAUCAAAUCGCCGCUGCUCACGAAAACGAUGUCGGCCAACUUUUGUGACGAGAUGGUAGCAUUCCGCUCGAACGAGCUGCACCCGACGACGACCGUUGUAAUGCUGCAGGGCAAAGAGAUAAAGGCGGGGACGCCGGUGUUUAAGGAUAAAUUGCGUGCACAUCGGAAGAUACAAUCGUUGCCCACGAUCGAUCACUAA